CCCCCACUGCUACUGCUGCGGCUACUUUUGGGGCGAGUAAGAACAACCUCCACUGUGUGUGUGAGACAGAGAGGGAGGGUAAGUUACCAGACUAGAUUGAUCGUGUUCUUGAUCCCAAGAUGCUCGAUCUUUGCUUGUCUUUUCGACGGUUUCUUCUCCAGAUGUACAGAUUUCCUAACUCAGUGUUAGUUGGAGUUAGAAAGCCAUAAGCGUGGGGCCAGAGUAACAGAACUCUUGGCUGUGAGCAAUACAUGGCAUCUGCGAGUUUAAGGCAUGCUGGUGUGGGAAGUUCCAGGGUGGUGAACAGUUUUAAGGGGUCAUCAAGCUCAGUUGAAUGGCUUGGAAGAGAGAUGCUGGAAAUGAAGUUAAAGGAUGCCAGGCUGGAUGCAGAUGAUGAAGAAGAUACUGAGUCAGAAAUUAUUGAUGGAAUUAGUGCUGAAGCUGGACAAAUAAUUGCUGCUACUGUUCGUGGCCGUAAUGGUCAACCAAAGCAGGCAGUUAGUUAUAUAGCAGAACAUGUGGUUGGCACAGGUUCUUUUGGGGUCGUAUUUCAGGCCAAGUGCAGGGAAACUGGGGAGAUAAUGGCUAUCAAGAAGGUUCUUCAAGAUAAACGCUACAAGAACCGGGAAUUACAAAUUAUGCACAUGCUGGACCAUCCAAAUAUUGUUGCUCUUAAGCACUACUUCUUUUCAACUACAAAUAAGGAAGAGGUGUACCUAAACCUUGUAUUGGAGUUUGUACCUGAGACCGUUAAUCGUAUUGCAAGGCAGUACAACAGGAUGAACCAACGCAUGCCUCUCAUAUAUGUGAAACUCUUCACUUACCAGAUAUGUAGAGCACUUGCUUACAUGCAUAAUGCUGUUGGCAUAUGUCAUCGAGAUAUCAAACCACAAAAUUUACUUGUGAAUCCACAUACAUAUCAACUCAAGUUGUGUGAUUUUGGUAGUGCAAAAGUAUUGGUCAAAGGGGAACCUAAUAUCUCUUACAUAUGCUCAAGAUAUUAUCGAGCACCUGAGCUUAUAUUUGGUGCGACUGAGUAUACAACUGCGAUCGACAUGUGGUCCACUGGUUGUGUGAUGGCUGAGUUGUUUCUUGGGCAGCCCCUAUUUCCUGGAGAAAGUGGUGUUGACCAGCUGGUGGAGAUUAUCAAGGUUCUUGGAACACCUACAAGAGAAGAGAUAAAGUGCAUGAAUCCAAACUAUACUGAGUUUAAGUUUCCACAAAUAAAGGCUCAUCCAUGGCACAAGGUAAUCUCGAAGUUGUUUUUAUGUUAUAUAGAGUUUAUCCAUUCUAUAUCACCAAAUAUGAUUGAUAAUUAUUUCUUGUUUGAAUGUGCUUGCUGAUUAUAUUCAAACAAC